AUGGCCGACACAUACGUGGCCGUGUCUCCCGCCGUGUCUGACAGUCUGACCGUGUCUCCCGUCGUGUCUGACGGCCUGACCGUGUCUCCCGCCGUGUCUGACAGUCUGACCGUGUCUCCCGUCGUGUCUGACGGCCUGACCGUGUCUCCCGCCGUGUCUGACAGUCUGACCGUGUCUCCCGCCGUGUCUGACAGUCUGACCGCGUCUCCCGCCGUGUCUGACAGCCUGACCGUGUCUCCCGCCGUGUCUGACACUGUGACCGUGUCUCCCGCCGUGUCUGACAGCCUGACCGUGUCUCCCGCCGUGUCUGACAGUCUGACCGUGUCUCCCGCCGUGUCUGACAGUCUGACCGUGUCUCCCGUCGUGUCUGACGGCCUGACCGUGUCUCCCGCCGUGUCUGACAGUCUGACCGUGUCUCCCGCCGUGUCUGACAGUCUGGCCGUGUCUCCCGCCGUGUCUGACCAGUGA